AGCGGCGGCGAGUGCGAGCCGCAGCCCGGGCCUCGGAGCGAGGAGGCGGAGGGCCGGAGAAAGCGGAGGACCGGAGCGGCGGGCCGCGCUCGGGCCCCCGCCGUGUGCGCGUCCUCCUGGCGGAUCCCGCAUAAAUGUUGAAAAUAUUUCGUGUGAAGCCGAAGAAUCCCUGAUUGUGGAAGCACCCACAAGCACUGUUAACUGUAAAGUGAGGAAAAGUAUGAAAGAACCAUCUGGCUGAGUCUACAAUUUGAAGACCACCACAUCCACCAGAAGACCCAGGAUGGAUCUGCACCAAAGCACCACCACCAUCUCUUUCCUUGAGAAAUGGUGUUCAGAUAACUCACCGUCUGGCUGCAGGAGACAUUAUAAUGUCAGAAAAAAACUGAAGUUGAUUCGAAUCUUAGGCCUUUUCAUGGGCCUGGUAGCCAUUAGCACUGUUUCGUUUUCAAUCAGUGCCUUUUCUGAGACAGAGACACAGAGCACAGGGGAGGCCAGUGGUGCAAGUGGCCCCAGGGUAGCACACGAUUACCGUCAAAGAACUCUCUUAGAUUUAAAUGACAAGAUUCGAGAUUAUACUCCACAGCCACCUGUUUCUCAGGAAGGCAAAUCUGAGAAUAGUACAGAUCAUGCCCAAGGAGACUACCCAAGAGACAUCUUUUCCCUCAAGCAGCGAAGAAAAGGUGCCAUCAUUCUCCAUGUCAUUGGAAUGAUCUACAUGUUCAUAGCCUUAGCCAUUGUCUGCGAUGAGUUCUUUGUUCCCUCUUUGACUGUCAUCACUGAAAAACUGGGCAUCUCUGAUGAUGUGGCUGGAGCCACCUUUAUGGCUGCUGGGGGCUCAGCCCCAGAACUUUUCACGUCUCUCAUAGGGGUAUUUAUUGCUCACAGCAAUGUUGGCAUUGGCACAAUCGUGGGCUCAGCGGUGUUCAAUAUCCUCUUUGUCAUUGGCAUGUGUGCUCUGUUUUCCAGAGAAAUCUUAAACCUGACAUGGUGGCCACUCUUUCGGGAUGUGUCCUUCUACAUCAUUGACUUGAUCAUGCUGAUCAUAUUUUUCCUGGAUAACUUUAUCAUGUGGUGGGAAAGCUUGCUUCUCUUAACAGCUUACUUUGGCUAUGUGGUUUUCAUGAAAUUCAACGUCCAAGUAGAAAGAUGGGUGAAGCAAAUGAUACACCGCAACAAAGUCGUCAAGGUGACAGCACCAGAGGCCCAGGCAAAGUCAUCUGCAGCCAGCGACAAGGAUGAACAGGCUCUACCGGCAAAGCCGCGUCUGCAGCGGGGUGGAAGUUCCGCCUCCCUCCACAACAGUCUCAUGAGGAACAGCAUCUUCCAGCUCAUGAUACACACCCUCGACCCGCUCGCUGAAGAACUUGGAUCAUAUGGAAAACUAAAAUAUUAUGACACAAUGACUGAAGAAGGGAGGUUCAGAGAAAAGGCUUCAAUUCUCCACAAGAUCGCCAAGAAAAAAUGUCAGGUGGAUGAGAACGAAAGGCAGAAUGGGGCUGCUAAUCACGUGGAAAAAAUCGAGCUCCCAAACAGCACCAGCACAGAAGUGGAGAUGACACCGUCCAGUGAUGCAUCGGAACCUGUGCAAAAUGGAAAUCUCUCCCACAGCAUUGAAGCUGCAGAAGCCCAGUCGGGUGAAGAUGAGGAGGACCAGCCUCUCAGCCUGGCCUGGCCUUCUGAUACCCGCAAACAAGUCACAUUCCUAAUUGUUUUCCCCAUAGUGUUUCCUCUCUGGAUUACCUUACCUGAUGUUCGCAAACCUUCUUCAAGGAAGUUUUUUCCCAUCACGUUCUUUGGCUCCAUCGCCUGGAUCGCAGUAUUCUCUUACUUGAUGGUCUGGUGGGCACAUCAGGUUGGAGAGACAAUUGGCAUUAGUGAAGAGAUUAUGGGUCUGACCAUCUUGGCUGCUGGGACCUCCAUCCCUGAUCUGAUCACCAGUGUCAUAGUGGCCCGGAAGGGGCUCGGGGACAUGGCUGUGUCCAGCUCUGUUGGAAGCAACAUCUUUGACAUCACUGUAGGGCUCCCGCUGCCCUGGCUCCUGUACACCGUCGCUCACAGGUUCCAACCCGUGGCCGUCAGCAGCAACGGCCUCUUCUGCGCCAUCGUCCUCCUCUUCAUCAUGCUGCUCUUCGUCAUCCUCUCCAUCGCCCUCUGCAAAUGGAGGAUGAACAAAGUGCUGGGCUUCACCAUGUUCGGCCUCUACUUUGGGUUCCUCGUGGUCAGCGUCCUCCUGGAAGACAGAAUCCUCAUGUGCCCCGUCUCCAUCUAGCAGGAAAAGCCAUAUCUUAGGCCAACAGCAUGGACUGUCCCCGCCCCCCCCCCCCCCCACUCAGGGUUGUAGGCUCCUUGACCUCCGCUGGCACACAGCCCUGGGCAUUUCAAGUGUUCCUCUUUGGUGGCUUUGACAGGGGAUGGCUUCGCGCUGGGCCCACUCACUUCUUGGGCUGCUCCCA